GAGAGAGAGACAGAUCAAAAGAAGAAAACACCAAAAUAUAUAAAUUUGUUUACAUCCUUCCAUUUUGGUUUCUGAUUAUGACCUAAACAAACCCAAAAUUUUCAACCUUUUUCAUAAGCCGAGAGAAAUUGCAAAAAAAAUGUUGCCGGUCACAAGUCGCCGCCACUUCUCAAUGUCCCUAUAUAUGCUCCGUUCAUCUUCACCACACAUCAAUAAUCUUCCUCAUCGUCACUCUUCCUCCUCUUUCCUUCUCCCUUCUUUUGUUUCCUCCACCUUCAAACAACGACCACAACAUCCUCCUCCCUCUCCUCCUCCAAUGGCUGCGUGCAUCGACACCUGCCGUACCGGUAAACCUCAGAUCUCUCGUCGCGAUUCCUCCAAUCCCACCAACGACGAUGUUCGUUACAUCAAUUACUUCCGCUCAUCUUCUGCUUCCUCCUUCAAUGGAACCCAAACCAGAACCCUCCACACCCGUCCUUUACUUCAAGACCUAGACCGAGACGCUGAGAUCGACGACGUAUGGGCCAAGAUCCGCGACGAAGCUAAAUCCGACAUCGAGAGAGAACCAAUCGUCUCCGGCUAUUACCACGCUUCAAUCGUCUCUCAACGUUCCUUAGAAGCUGCGUUAGCCAAUACCUUAUCCGUUAAACUCAGCAAUUUGAAUCUCCCAAGCAACACGCUUUUCGAUUUGUUCUCAAGUGUUCUCAACGAAAGCCCCGAGAUUGUUGAAUCUGUGAAACAAGAUCUGCUAGCUGUUAAAGAAAGAGACCCAGCUUGUAUUAGCUACGUUCAUUGUUUCCUUCACUUUAAAGGCUUCUUAGCUUGUCAAGCUCAUCGUAUUGCUCAUGAGCUUUGGACCCAAGACCGCAAAAUCUUAGCUUUGUUGAUUCAGAACAGAGUCUCUGAAGCCUUCGCCGUUGAUUUUCACCCUGGUGCUAAAAUCGGUACUGGGAUUUUGCUUGAUCACGCUACGGCGAUUGUGAUUGGUGAGACGGCGGUUGUUGGGAACAAUGUUUCGAUUCUUCAUAACGUUACGCUUGGAGGAACUGGGAAACAGUGUGGUGAUAGGCAUCCUAAGAUUGGUGAUGGGGUUUUGAUUGGAGCUGGGACUUGUAUUUUGGGGAAUAUUAGUAUUGGUGAAGGAGCUAAGAUUGGUGCUGGAUCUGUUGUGUUGAAAGAUGUGCCGCCUCGUACGACGGCUGUUGGGAAUCCGGCGAGGUUGCUUGGUGGUAAAGAUAAUCCGAAAACGCAUGAUAAGGAUCCUGGUUUGACUAUGGACCAGACAUCGCAUAUAUCCGAGUGGUCGGAUUAUGUAAUCUGAUUAAAAAAGUUGUUGUUGUUUGUUGUUAAUGGCUUUUUCAUUGUUCUCUCUCGGCUUCUUCUGUUAUUGAAGCUGUAGAACUUAUGAAAUUUCCAUAAUCAGAUCAUUUGUCUCUCUGUAUAAGAUUUGACUGAUUAAGAUGGGAUUUGAAUGUAAAACUCGGAAACCCUAGACUCGAGUUUCCUGUGGUUGGUUUCUGAUUAGCAGAGACUUUAUGUUUAGUAUGUAAGUGUUUAUUUGGUUAAACCAUGGUUUCUAUGAUCAGACUUGUUGGGAAUAAAACGAAGAUUCAUCA